UGGGUCCAAAAAUCCAGCUUUGGUAUUGCCAUUGGCUGUGACUUUGGCUGCAUUGCCGCGAGGCGUUCCAUUUUUAUUUUAAACCACUGACCACCGACCGGAUAACAAAGAAAGUGAGAUCAAGUCUGCGAGAUCGUGGCGAAAGAAAAGAAGCUUCGCAUGUGUGUGCGUGUUUAAUUCGAAAGAAACUUUUUUGCUUUUGGCCGCGGAACUGACAAAUGUCAAAUACCAAUAGACCGUCGUGGAAUUAAGACGCGCCAUACGACAGACGCCAAACGGAUUUCGACACCUGCUUUUGGCCCCGCAGACAAAAAAAUGACGCAAAGUGCCAUCAGAUUAGCCCCACUUUUGGAGGCUCUAAUUCUAUUUGUUUUCCUAUUCAAUCGAGUGCAGUGCGAUGAGAACGGUCAGAGGCAGGCGCGAAUAAUGCAGUUUUUGAGUGAGCCCCAGCCACAUUUCAACCACAAUCGACCACCACCAGGUCCUGGAUUAUUACCCCGGCUACGAUCGCGAUCCGAUAACCUACCUCUCCUCUCGGGAAGUCCCAACAAAUUCCUGAGAUCUCCGCAACCCGCCACAGUUCAACAUAUCAUGCGACGCGAGCAACUCGGCGGCAACUAUCCGGCCAACGAUCAGCUGAGGAGAUAUCACUUCGACCAGAAUCAGCCCGGAAGAUUUGCCCACGUGAAGGACGCUGCUGUCCUGGAUGUGGGAAAGAACCAAUUCCCACCCCAAUACUUCUCCGAGCAGUACAUCCAAAACUUUAAGUCCUCGCCCCGUUUCAAUGGCAAUGUUAUAAUGAAGGACCAGAAACCAGCCUACGCUCCAAUCCAACAGCAUGCGAUUCCCGUUCAGGCCUCUCAGUAUCUGCAUUAUCCCAAGGUCUUUGGACAGCAGGGCGCUAGUUUUAGUGUGGUUCCCUCGCAGCAAACUGCCCUCCAAAAUAAUCAAUUCCCGCAGGAUCUGAAUAGCUACUCGGUUUACGAGGAGUCUGAGAAUCAGCCAAAGCAAGGGAUCAAUAUUAAUCAAGGGGUAAACUAUCGCCAGGCAGUGCCACCCGCAAAGGAGUCGAAAGAGGCGCAAGACUACUUGCAGUUCAUGAGCACCAAUGAGUACUUCCUGCCCAAGAGAGAUCCCGACUUCAAGAAGAUGGAUGCCGAGCGUGAUCAGCAAAAGCAGCUGAACCAGUACCCACAGCAAUAUAAUCAGCUGAAUCAGCAGCAGCAGCUACAGCAGCAGCAACCGCAGCAACACCAGCAACUGCAGCAUCAGCAGCAACCGCAGCAACACCAGCAGCAACCGCAGCAACAUCAGCCACAGAAGCAGCAUUUUCCCUACAAGACCGGUGGCCUAGACAACUCGGUCUCCUCCAGUUACAAUGAACCCAUACAAGUCUCCGAUUUGUUCUACCAGCAAGAUCCCGCCCCUGCAAACUCAGCUGUUGUUCGCGGCAGCUACCAGGCUGGUCAGGAUGUCUUUGUGGUGAAGUCCGAUGGCAACAAGGCGGUCAAGCAUGUGGUCUCCACUCCCAUGUCGGUCCAAACAUCCACCCAAACCCCGCCAAAGACCCACCAUCUUGCCAAGAGCCACAAGAGCUUUACGCCAGAGCCCCUGCGAUUCGAGUUCACCGAACAGGAUGCCAUUAGGGGGUCCAUGAAGUACACCCAAUCCCCAUCCACGCAGGCGAAUCAGUACUACUAUGAAACGGUGGCCCAAACAGCCCACGAGCCUGCCAAGGCUCCUGGCCCAAUCCUCCAGCUCAGCAAGCCCAUCAAGGAGUACAGCGACGAUCCAGAGGACAGUGCCGAUACCGAAACUGGAAAACAGGAGGAGGAUCCGAAGGUGCCAACCGGGACAAGUCCUGCAACUCCGGAUAAUCCAAAGGACACGGAAAGUUACUGUGAGAAAGUCUGCGCCAAUGUGUAUGAUGAGAACGAUGAAAUAAUUUGUGGAUCCGAUGGGUACAUGUACACCGGAGAAACUCAACUACAGUGUUAUUCGACCUGUCUUAAUAUAAGUGUGACGAUUAAAAGUAAAGGAUCGUGCUCAUAAAAUAAAUUUAAAAAUAAAAAAUUAUUUAUUCUAAUUUAAUUUAUUCUAAUGAUUACAAUGUUUGCAGCCCAUUGAGUUAGUCUAUAAUUAUGCAAGGUUUCUGAUACUUGCAGUGGUAAUAUGUAGGGUUUUGUAAAAAGUGAUUUCGAUUUUACGACAUAAAAAACUAUCGUGCACUUUUAGCUUUCCUAUUUAAUUAACAAUUAAAGAGUGAUUUAAAUAAAAUCAUUUUUAAACUAUUAGUGCAUGAGUAUAGAAAUUCCAUAUAUAUACUAUAUUCUCAAAAAACAUUCAGAGAAAUAAGAAAUAGUUAACAAAAUAAAAACUU